AGGGGAAGUCUCCGCGCGCGCUGAAUUUCAGUUUGCUGCUGCCUUGGACUCGGCCACCCCCCGCAUACACACUCGCUCGAUACUCCAGAGCCAUCUACAGCAGUCUUACAAUGAGCACAAUCAAGGCCACAGAGCAGACCCUCCUCCACAAAUAUCUCGGCCAACUCGCUCUCCACCCAUUGCGAACCAAAGCCAUCACAAAUGCCACAUUGAACGGUAUCCAGGAAGUCACUGCCUCAUACUUGGCCGGAGAGAAGACAAAGGAUGGUUCUUACGUUUCUGACCGUGUUCCCAAGAUGAUGGCUUAUGGUGCCUUUGUCUCUGCUCCUUUGAGCCACUUCCUGGUCACGACGCUGCAGAAGGUCUUUGAAGGCAAGACGACCACCAAGGACAAGAUCUUGCAAAUCAUUGCAAGCAAUUUGAUCGUCUCGCCCAUCCAGAACACGGCCUUUAUCUCGUGCAUGGCCAUCAUUGCUGGUGCACGAAACACCGCCCAGAUCAAGGGUGCCCUCAGGACUAAUUUGCUGCCGAUUAUGAAGAUCUCAUGGAUGACUUCUCCUCUUGCACUCAUCUUUGCACAAAAGUUCCUUGCGCCUGAAGCCUGGGUGCCGUUCUUCAAUGCCAUUGCCUUUGUCUUUGGCACGUACAUCAACACGCAGACGAAGCGACAGAUGCGAUUGAGGCGUGCAGCAGAGGGUAAGUAGAUAUUGCUUGUGGCCUGAGAUUCUUUUUGUAUUGAGACUAGGCUAUUUAUCAUGUAGUCUGUCGUCAGGAUCAUUGCUUGCUACCUUGUCGACCGGGCCUUGCUCGUUCCCUAUAGAUCUGUCAAU